UAUGUUUUUCCUACAGUAAAGAAAUAAUUAGAGUUUAUGAAAGUCGUGGUAAAGUUUUCUAUAUUAAAUGUAUCAGUCUCUCUGUAUUUGUAUCAUAUCAUCAAGUUUUGCAAUCCAAGCUCAGUUGAAGGAACAAUCUCUGGUGUGAGGUAUAGAAAUCAAGAUAUGAGGAAUAUUACAGCCACACCUCAUAGCUUAAGUUCUUCUUCAAUAUGGCAUUCACCUGUUCCAUAUCUGUUUGGAGGAGUAGCAGCCAUGGUGGCCCUAAUAGCCUUUGCUUUUAUCAUUCUUGCAUGUUCCUACUUUAGCAAACCAAAUGGUGCUGCUUCCCAAGAUAGUAGCAAUAGAAGAAGUGAUUCCAAUUUUGAUCAGAAAAGUGAUGUUUUGAAGGAUUUGUCAUAUUUAUCAGAGAAUGAUAAUGGUGACAAAGUGGUUGUAAUCAUGGCUGGUGAAGAGAUGCCCAGUUUCAUUGCUAAGCCCACUCCUGUGGCAUUUGCAACAAAGUAAGAGUCUGAGGUAAAGAAAAAUAUGUAAAUUCUUCUCUUCACAAAAAGCAUGGGAGAAAUCAGAAAAGUUUUGUAGUAUGUGUUAAUUAUCAUUAAUUUUGUGCCUGAACUUCUGCGCUUGUUAGGGUUUCUGACAUAUUAGUUGUACUACACAGUUGGCUUGAAACUGUAAUACAAAUUGUUCGGUGGGCAAAUUUUUAGACUGAGAUCUUGAACAACUUAAAUUAAGUUAGAUUUAUUCGUUUUUAACAUGUCUUGAAACGUAAUAAAGUUAGAUUUAUUUGUUUUAAUCAUAGUUGCAGGGAGACAUCUCUCCGACCCUCUGGGAGGGGCGCGUCUCCGAGGCAUCUGGGAUGCAUCUCUUGUACCUUGG